AUUAAUCAAGAAAUUGGGUUGGCUGCUCAAAAUGCUACAAAUCUCGAAAAUGCACUUAUUUUAUUAACCCCAAACACGAAUAUUGAAAAAGAUCCCGAAAUUCAGAAAUUGGUUCGUAAAUGCAAAGAUUCAUCCGAACAAUUAGUUAAAAUUAUACCAACUGUCAUGGAUGAUGAUAAAAUGGGUCCUUUAUUACAAUCAAAUGAUCAAGUACAAGCUGCUUUAUCAAAAUAUUCGGAGCACUGUGAGUCUUUCUCACAAAAUUCAAACUCGAAAAACAUUUCAUCAGAAAUAAAGCAAAAAAAAAUUACAUUCCAAUCACAAGAUUCUGCCAAGAUACACAAAGAUCUUGACCUCAUUGAUUUUGACGCAUUUUAUACAUCAAAUCAUUCUGCGAAUGACAAUAUAGUUUAUGAUAAUAGUUUGCUUGAUGAUCCAUUUGCAGAUCCCUUUUCUGAUCCAAUGGAAACAGACAUUAAUAACAAUAAAUCGAAGAAAAAACUUGAAUGGACUGAGGUCUGA